UAUACUUUUAUUAGGGUAAGAUCAGACUGCUGCAAACAAAUUCAUUGAUACAAUUUUCUAUUUCAUCUCUGAUGGUAACCAUGAACACUUGUAAAAACAUUCUUCAUCUACUUCUUAAACUGUUUUUCCUCCUACCUUCAUUUGCAGGUAUUGUCAGUGAGCAAGAAGUCGUGUGUGGGGUACAAGGACAAUCAGUUGUUCUCGCAAUGGAAAGCAAGAACCUAACCAACUUUUUUGACAUUGUAUGGAAGGCAGGAGAUGAUCGUAUUGCCAGGUUAAAUAAUGCAAUCCCUUCAUACUACGGGGACCAUCACGGCAAAGUUGAGAUCUUUGUAAAUGGCACCAUCAGACUGAACAGAGCUGAGCAAGAUGAUAGUGGAAAUUACACAGUGGAAGUGUUUGAUAGCAAUGGUAAGAGUAUAGUGAGGAGAAGCAUCCAGGUGUACAUACAAGGAGUAACAUGUGGCUUUCUUGGCAUCUUUCUUGUCGCACAUGCCGUGUUACAAGCUGCUGUCGCUUUUCUCCUUAUCCUUUUCAUCAUUCGUCAAGCGAGCCUACAAAGAAACCAAGGACCAGUGCUGAAAUGGAGACAGGUUUUUUUUGUGGACAAAACGUAUGAAAUAGACUAAGAUGAUAAUUUUCUACAUAUGGAGGCAGGGAGACUGCUGGGUCUCUGCCCUUCUUCGAUGGGAUCAGCAAUACCACAGCAUUCAAACGAGGAGGAUCAUUAUUCAGUAACAAUGUGUGUCAUAACUGUACAGCGAGCAGUCAUAACUGUACUGUAUGUCUGAAUAUGUCGUGUAUAUUUUCUGCAAGCACAGCUACAGUCACAAACGAAAGCAGAUCUGCACAUUAGCAACCACUGCAGUGCAACUGGGAGUACAGUACUGUGAGAGGGUAACCUGAUGGUUCUUACACUGUAUUCUUUAAUGUAGCAUAUGACAGCCUGGACCCACGCAGCAAUCUGAUUGGUAUUAUAUUGAUUUUUGUUUACAUAUAUAUAUAUAUAUAUAUACUUAUUUAAUCAAAACAUAUUCAUUUAAAAACUGAAUCAAUAUUGAUCGCACAUCUUCAAAAUAGAAAAAAGCCUUCUUCUUCUUCUUCUUCUUCUUCUUCUUCUUCUUCUUCUUCUUCUUCUUAUGUGUAUGCUACUUCCAGCAAUCCUCGCAUUAAAGAAUGUGUCACUGCUUUAGAUAGAACCCCCCUCCCCCGUAGAAGAAAUGACGAAUGUGAUAUGAACAGUACUUACUGAACCGAUUUUUAUUCACACCAAACAAUUCACACAAAGCCUGUGUGAAAGUACAUUAUAAUAAUUAAACAUGAUAGCAAUUUCUUGUGUUGAAUUAGAAAAAAAAAGAAGAGGAAAAAAUAGGCACAGUCUUGACAACACAGCUUAUUGAAACGUUUGAAGUGAUUUCAAGGAAGAGUAUUCUACUCUGUUUUUCAUUUGUAUCAUAUUGAUUAUGACAUCUUCAUCUUCAUCUUCAAUUGCAUAUGCUGAAAGAAAAACAACAUUCAAAUUAUUCAGUAUUUAUAAAUAAAUAACAGUUUACAAGCUUAAACAUUUAAUUCAGUGACAAAAUGUGAUUCCUAUUAAUAUCCCUUUUCAAAUACAAUAUAUAGCA